AUGGUGCUGGCCGGAGGCAGGGGCUGGCGGGAAGCCCUGAAUAUAAUAUGUCUGGUAGUGGACCAGGUGGUAAGCUUCCUUAAUAGGGUGGGCUUCAAAGUGGCUCCCCUGAAGACUGAGAUCAUGUUUGUGCAUGAUGGAUCUAGGGGGGAGCCACCUAGAACCCGGGUCCGGAUCGACAACAUCUCCGUGAAGGCGGGUCCCACAUUCGGACUCGUCUUGGAUAGUACAUGGGGGUUUCAGAAGAAUUUUGAACUUCUGAUCCCUAAGUUAGGCAGGGCGGCGAACAUGUUGGGUAGCCUCCUGCCCAACCUCGGCGACCCAAAAAGAAAGGCGCGGUGGCUGUAUGUCGGCGUCGUCCACUCCAUGUCCCUUUACGGGGCCCCGGUCUGGGCCAGCGAGAUGGCGACCACCCAGCGCAUUACAACGUUGGGAUACCGCGCUCAACGGUGGAACCUCCAUCUCGAGAGGGUGACGGUCCUGUCGGGACGGAGGGUCGCCGAGGCCACCGGCCCUGUCUACAGGAAUGGGUAG